AUAGACAAAAUUGCAAAAAUGGUCUCUGUGGUAUGCAUUUUUUGGGGGUUUUUUGUCCAAUCCACGAGUUUUUUGGUUUUGUGGUCCUUUUGGACAACUUUGUUUGUGAGAAUGGUCCCUAUAAUUAACACCCAUUAAAAAGAAUCUGUUAACCCCCUCAUGUGCCUUGUACGUGAGGGUAUUUCUUUCUUUUUACUUAUAGUGUCACGCUUCCUUCUACCUUUUAUCACUCAUUUACAAUACCAAACACCCGUCAACUCCCCACCUCCCUCCUUCCUUCUGCUCCAUUAAACCUGCAAAAAAAAUAUUCUUCGUUAUCUAAAGAACCUAAUCGAAGCAAAACGAGACAAGGUCAUACGUUAAAGUUGAAAUGGUGCACGUAAUGUGGCAGUUCAUACCAAAAAAUGAAGUUGUCGACGUAUCAUCCUUAUAUGGUGCACCCACAUGGUUUAGUAUUAAGCUUCAUCAUGGUGGGAAGUUUACUAAGUUACCUGGCAUAAAGUAUACUGGAGGUGAAGUGCGUUAUGUUGAUUAUGUGGACAUAAAUGAGUUUUAUGUACAUGAACUUGAUGCCAUAAUGCUUGACCUAGGUUACCCAGACCCACAGAUGAUUGAAUUAACUGAUGAAUCCCUAGUGAUAUAUUGCCAUUUCAGGAUACCCAAUGAAAAUCUACUCACAUACUUCAUGUCUCCAAAUGCAAAGGGUAAAGUUGUCAUUGAGGAAUUACCAGAAAAUGAUGAUCAAGGGGCUGAAUAUAAGACUGAAGUUCAUGUAGAAUCUCCAUUAAGAAAUAUAAACCAUGUCAAUGUUGAGCCAAUUGGUGAGUACAUGUCUUUGAUUCUUUUUGGGAGUAAAAGUGAUGCAUUCUCAUUAGAGUAUAGAAGGGGUAGAGUUGGUAAUUCAAUAAGAAAGGAAGGUUCUUGUAGCAAGAGACUUAAUUUAGAGGAUAUUGAUGAUUUAAAAGAGAAGGAAAAUACUAAUGAGGGUGUUAAGGAGGUUCAUGAGGCUGCAACUAUUGUUGAAGGAUGCUACAAUCCAUUUACUUCAAAUAUUUUUAAUGUAUGGGAUGAGAUGAUUGGGAUUCGUGAUAAUGACCAUAUUGAUGGAUGCUACAACACCUCACCUAUUAAUGAUGAUGAACAAUAA